GGGAAAUUUACACUUAGCAAGUGUCAAUAAAUUCGGGUAUCAGAAAAUACGUAGUCUAGGAAUUAAAAAAAAAAAAAAAUGUUUGUCAAUAACUACAUCCAAUAACAAAUCCUGUACAUUUUUCUGCUAAAUUUACUAUUAGUCAACAGCUUUGCAGCCAUGGCACGCGGUCAUCAAAAAAUACAAUCGCAAGCAAAGGCCGCUGAAAAACAAGCGAAGAUGAAAAAGCAGCAGGGCCACAGUGCCAACGAUCAAAAGAAAGCAGCACAAAAAGCACUCGUAUAUGUUUGUGUCCUCUGCAAAUCGCAAAUGCCAGAUCCUAAGACUUACAAGCAACAUUUUGAGAAUAAACAUCCGAAAAAUGAUAUGCCUGAGGAGCUGAAAGACCUUUAGCAUUAUUAUUGAACAUUAUCAAAUAUACGGCGAGCUGCAAAAAUAAUAUUUGAAACAAUCAAUAUUAAAAAAAAAUGCAAAAAUAUACUCAAACUUAUCUUUAAAA